GGAGCUUGGCUGCCCCACAAGCAGCGAGUUUUCGAGGCCCGGCCAGAGAUUUGAACCCAGGUCUCCUCCGCGGUCCUAGUCCGGCACUCUAACCGUUGCACCACGUUGUCUCCGCAUGUUCUACGCUAGAGCGCCGCCUUUCCAAAAGAGGUGCGGGGGCACGCACAGCUUUGCCUCCCACUUCACUUAGGCUCGGGCCAUGUGCCCUCCAGAGGCCCUCCGCGUCCUCCUCCGGAGGCGCCCGAAGGUUCUGCUGAGAGCGGAGGCGGAGGAAGGGGGCGCGGCGGACCGGCGAGGGUGGUCGCUUGCCCGCUUUUUCCCCUUCUUGGUUGGGAUGUCCCGAGGCGCAAGCGCCGGCCCCUCCGCCGCCGCCCGCAAGCCAGAGCAGACUCGCGGACCCUUUCUCGAAGAGCAGUUUCUGGCCAUUUGCCGAGAGGUGGCCAAGCCCAGGGAAGGGGCCAGCGGGUCGUGGGAGCUCAUGGCCGAGGCCGUGAGCUUCAGCAUCUUCCGGCUCUAUGAUGAGAAAUCUGGACUGUACGAGUAUAAAGUCUAUGGUAUUCUUGCUGAUUGUGCCCCAGAGCUAUGUGCCGAAGUUUACAUGGAUUUAACUUACAGAACAAAAUGGGACCGGUAUCUUAGAGAGCUUUGUGAGAAAACCCAUGAUGGCAGAACAGUCAUCUACUGGGAAGUGAAGUUCCCUUUCCCCAUGGCAAAUAGAGAUUAUGUUUUCAUUCGUGAGCGCCAAGAUAUGGAAGUUGAUGGGAAGAAGAUCUAUGUUAUAUUGGCUAAAAGUGUGAAUACUGCUAAAUUCCCAGAAAAGCCUGGGAUUGUUAGAGUAAAGAAUUAUAAACAAAGUGUGGCCUUUCAAAGCGAUGGCAAGAAAGGGUCUAAAGUUUUCCUGUCCUACUUUGAUGAUCCUGGUGGCAAGGUUCCUUCAUGGCUUGUUAACUGGGUAACCAAGACUGGAGUGCCUAACUUCUUGAAUGACAUGGAGAAAGCGUGCCUCAGUUAUCGCAAAAGAUAAAACUGCUCCUUGAAUUUUAUCCAAGUGGAUGGUUUAAAGGUGUGUUUUGCAUGGAUAAUCAGCCAUGACACAUCACUGAAUAACAUCUGCCUUUUGGGAUGGUAAUCAUGAGCCAUGUAAGUUCCCAGGCAUAUGACAAUGGAACCUAUUAAACUUUUUUUUUCAUUUUC